AAGGUUUUGUGGCUGUUCCUCUGAAGACGCCGCGGUUCUGAUCAUGCCUCUUGUGGGUGGAAAUCCCCACGUGGUGUCGGUGUAUAAAAACUUUGGGUACGCAAAGCCCCCGUUGUGGGGUCUUAGUGAGGAGCCGUAUCUUAAAGUUUAAACGGACAGGAGCUGCGCGCACCGGACACCGGGCGCGCACGCACAAAAACAAACGGGACAGACAGAGUGAUUUCAGAAGCGGACCUUCUGACUAGGUUCGUGGAUGGACGAGCGGACAAGACGGUUGGAGAGUCAGCUUGUCCCUGAUGUUCGUUGAUUUGACAGAUCUUAACGUGAAGGCGGUGUGGUGGAGACGCGACAGAGAGAUUAACUUUUAUUUGGAUCAAUAUUUUGUGCAUUGUUUGAUCAGGCGCUGGGCGGUGACUGGAGGACGCUAGUAUCAGUUUCUGCUACUCUCCUGCAUGUUUGGGAAUAUUUAAGUGGAUUUCUGCAGGUUUGUCUGUUGGAGCAACGGUCAAUGAUCUCCCGGAAUUUGUGAAUCUAUGAGCUGAAUGUAGCUUAAAUUUCAGUCUGCGUGUUUAAUUAAAUUAACCCUAUACUCUUAUUAGAGCCAAAACUUUGAGGCAGAAUGAGUUUAUACAGUUUAGCGUUCUCAUUGAUUGUGUGCGUUAUGUACGCGCGCAGUAGCACUCUGAGCGGCACGGAGGCUCCGAUCCCACACCGGGAGUCGUGCACCUCUUGCGGCCUCAGGGCGCCGGAUCAGUCCGAGCGGGUGAACAUCGACUUCGUGGAGGCAGUGAAGCGGCAUAUCCUGAAUCGGUUGCAGAUGCGAGACAGGCCGAACAUCACGCACCCCAUCCCAAAAGCAGCAAUGGUGACAGCGCUUCGGAGGCUGCAUGCCGGAAAAGUGCGGGAGGAUGGCCGGGUGGAGAUCCCCAACUUUGACGGGCAGGCCGCCUUUAGCAACGACGUGCAGGCAGAGACCUCGGAGAUUAUCAGCUUUGCCGAAUCAGAUGAAGAAACAAAUCCUAAAACUGGUCUGUACUUCCUAAUCUCCAAUGAGGGCCACCACAACCUAUUCGUGUCCCAGGCGAACCUCUGGCUGUACCUCCGUCUGCUGCCCGCUGGACCCGAGAGGGGCCUCCGCAGAAAGGUCUCCAUCAAAAUUGACUACCAGGAGGCUGGGGCCAAAGAAGACACAAAGGGUGGGGUAACAGGCCGCUGGAUCUUGUUUGAGAAACGUGUGGAUCUGAAACGCAGCGGCUGGCACACUUUUCCACUCUCAGAGGCAGUGCGGGCUGUGUUUGGAAAAGGCAGCCGCAGACAGGACCUGGAGGUGCACUGUGAGGGCUGUGAAACAGUCGGAGUGACUCCGGUCCUGGUGGACCCAGGUGACCCAUCCCACCGGCCCUUUCUUGUUGUGCGAACACGGCAGAUGGAUGGAAAGCACCGCAUUCGUAAGCGGGGCCUGGAAUGUGACGGCACCAGCGGGGGGUUAUGUUGCCGGCAACAGUUUUACAUAGACUUCCGCCUCAUUGGCUGGAACGAUUGGAUCAUUGCUCCCGCUGGUUACUAUGGUAACUACUGUGAGGGAAGCUGCCCCGCCUACAUGGCAGGUGUUCCAGGCUCAGCUUCAUCAUUCCACACAGCAGUGGUUAACCAGUACCGCAUGAGAGGGAUGAGUCCGGGCUCAGUGAAUUCCUGCUGCAUCCCAACCAAGCUCAGCACUAUGUCCAUGCUCUACUUUGAUGAUGAGUACAACAUCGUGAAAAGGGACGUUCCCAACAUGAUCGUGGAGGAGUGUGGCUGUGCUUGAGUAUGCCUGUCAGAAAGACUUUUUUGUGCAGGACAUGAAUUCCAUAUAUCCACAUCCACUGCGUGUACGCUUCACACUAUGCUGGUCGAAUCCAGAAAACACAACCGUCAUUGUUGUGUCCACAUGAGUGUGUCAGUGCGAGAGAGCGUGUAUUUAUCUGACUUAAUAAAUAACCCCUGCAUGCAUUCAGUGAUAAAGUGAAAAGGGAGUGAUUUUCACCAAAUUAUGUCUUGCUCUAGUUUGCCAUUUCUAGUCAAAAAUAAUGGCCUAUCUUCUCUGUAUGAAGGUUUAUUUUUUAAAGCGCUUAAAGAUAGAGACAGGAUCAACCAGUGACAAUACUGGUGUCAAAACUUUCUCCAACCCUCUUAAGUACUUAAAGCACGAAAGAAACUUGCUUUUGUAAAGCACCGUCUGUUUAUCACCUUACACUAUUCAGAACUUCAGCACUUACCCACUCUGCAGAUAGAUGCAGUCUGUCCUUUCUGGUGGAAUUAGACCAGCAGUGCUUAAUGCCCUCCAGGAUGGCAGCCUCUACAGCGACGUUGUGGCCAAUAAAGUUGUUUUUUUUGCCGAGCUGCUUCUAAGCUGCCACUUACCAACACUCCUGCAGGCCACUCAGGCGAGAAAUGCAGAUGACGGAAAAUGUCUUGAAGGUGCAUUUUGCCUGGGCCUCUACCUAAAGUUUGGCAGAAGACUGCCUGCAAACUCAAAGAGUAGUUUCCACCAAACAGGUCAACACGGUACAGUGCAGCACUUGCAGGAACUGAAAUGCACAUGCUGAAUAGCACUUGUAUAAAAAUGCCUUUCUAGGGGUGUCCUGUCAGAUUGCUAAACAAGUGCCACUUGAACUAUGCAAUGUAUAGAACCCUAUAAAACCCAUAAUUAAUAUGCUGCAUUCCACGGGACUGAUUCUCUUUUUUCUAUUCUUAAGUGAUAUCUUUAGUCCUCAACUAUUUAAAAAUACUUGAAAUGUGAUCAUUCGCUUACUUUCCAAAGCGAAUGAUUGUUGUGAGAUUUGCACUGAGAAGUUGCGGAAUUAAAGAUACAGAAACUGCCAUUGAAAAGUUAUUUUUAUAUAGGCGAAUUCAAACAAGUUUCAAAUGUAUUUUCCACAAAAAUGAAACCAAAGAGCCCAAGAUUUUAGCUGUUGUACUGAGGCCAUUAGGGAGACUGUUUUUAAUGAUUAGAGAAAAGGCCUGUAACUGUAUCAGGGUAUGAUACUGUCAGAUUUUCAUUUUUCAGCUCUUUUAUCAAUUUUUUGAACAGUAAACAACUGCUCAUUGUUCAUCUUAAUUGUAUUUGUUUUUUUCUAUUUAAUGAAAAAAGUAUUUUUGUUCAUUUUGAAUCAUUUAGUGAAAUAAUGUCUUCUGUACAGUUUAUGUGAUAUAAAUGUUUUCUUAAAUAUUUUACACCUUAAA